ACAUUUGUCAAACACUUAAAUUAUUUCACACUCCCAUACAUGUUAUAUACCUCAACAAUUGCAUAUCCCUUUGCAUUUGCAUGCUAUGUAAUAUUAAUCUUUUGCAACUCCAAAAUUCGACCAUUAACUCUUUUCUUGAAGCUUAAUUUCCUGCACAUUAGAGAAUAAACAUGAGUUUUCGCUUUUCUCCUCCAGAUUUCUACUCUUCAUCAAACGAUUUUGACACUCAAGCGCAAACCACUUUUGACAAUUUUAAUUCCUCUGUGAAAUGGGCUGUGGCAGGCUCAGUUGUUUCUGGAGUGGUGGUAAUGAUAGCAAUUGUAGCAAUAGUUUAUGCCGUCAUUGAUUGCUUGAAGAAGACAGGAGCAGCAAUUCCAUCUUACACUCAACUUCCAACCAUAGAAAAAACUCAUAAAGCUUCAAAUUCCUUUCCUUCAAGUAAAAUUGAAGUUAUAAUACCACCAGAUUCCACUGUUCAAGGUUCAAAAGUUGAGUUUGCAACUAUGGAAAGGUUCUUAAGCAACAUCAACAAAGAGAAACCAAUUAGAUUCUCACCAGAACAACUUGAUGAAGUUACAUGGAACUACUCAAUCAUAUUGGGUUCUGGUGCUUUUGGAGUUGUGUACAAAGGGGAAUUGUCAAAUGGAGAGCAUGUAGCAGUCAAAGUUAUCAACAGUUUAGAUAUGCAAAUGGAAGAGCAAAUCAAAGCAGAAAUUAGCACCAUUGGAAGAACUUACCACGUCAAUCUAGUUAGACUUUAUGGCUUCUGUUUCCACCGUGACAAACGAGCCCUUGUCUAUGAAUAUGUGGAAAAUGGGUCUCUAAACAGGUACUUGUUUGGCAGCCAGAACCGCGACAUCGCGUUGGAAAAGCUUCAUGAGAUUGCAAUUGGAACGGCUAAAGGAAUUGCUUAUUUACAUGAGGAAUGUCAACAGAGAAUAAUUCAUUAUGACAUUAAGCCAGAGAAUGUUCUUCUUGACAUGAAAAUGGAACCAAAGGUAGCAGAUUUUGGCCUGGCAAAGCUUAGCAACAGAGAAAGUAAUGUUGCAGUCAAUACACACUUUAGAGGAACAAGAGGAUAUGCUGCACCAGAAAUGUGGAAGCCUCAUCCAGUGACUAAGAAAUGUGAUGUGUAUAGUUUUGGUAUUCUUCUCUUUGAAAUUGUAGGGAGGAGAAGGCAUUUUGAUUGUAACUACAGUGAAUCACAGCAAUGGUUUCCAAAAUGGACAUGGGAUAUGUUUGAGAAUAAUGAGUUAUCUGUAAUGCUUUCACUUUGUGGAAUUGAAGAGAGAGACAAAGAGAAGGCUGAGAGAAUGUUAAAGGUAGCUCUAUGGUGUGUUCAGUAUUUGCCAGAUGAUAGACCUCUUAUGAGUACUGUGGUGAAGAUGUUGGAGGGUGAAAUUGAAAUUUCUCCACCUCCACCUCCCUUCCAAAAUCUGGUGUCCAAUAAACCAAACUUGACUCCAGAAGGAAGCACUGGAGGUUCAGAUACUACUACGUCAUGGCAGACAGAAUCUUCCGGAGUAUCUGGCUCCAAAACCAAUAACAAUGCAUUUCAGAUUGAAAAGCCUACUUAACUGUAUCAUGAUAGUAUAGUGAUUGCUGUAAAAUAUAAAUUCUAUUUAAUUUUGUACAUUUAAACAAAGUGAGAAUGGUUUGAGCUUUGUUGAAAAUUACAAUGCACAUUCUGCUAUCCAACUCUUGGUGCCUAAACUAAAACCUCUGAAAGUUUGUAUCACACCAAAAUAAUAGAACUAUGCUCUAUUUCUUGUGUCUUCAAUUUGUUGUUCAACUGCAGAAUAGAAUCAAUCAUACAAUUCGCUGACCCAAAGCCAAGCACAAUGUAUCAUGUCUUGUAAGCAUCUCUCACAUUUUCUUUUGGCUGAGAGUAUACUUUGGUGGUUUUCAAGCUUCAGCCAGCUAAGGUCAUUCUAGUAGGUAAGAACUCCACUUUUCAGAGAAGUAAAGCCUAAGAUUAUAAGAUAGGAGCAAAUCUUUGCAUAAGAUAUAUAUUGAGUUCAAGUAUCUCUUUCAAAUUCAUGUAGAAUUUAAAGAGAUGUUUGAUUUCAUUUUUCAAUCAAAAUA